UUUUUUACCUGCUUGUUUGCCGUUGAAAUGUUCCUCAAAAUCAUUGCCGACGGUCCGCUGGAGUACAUCAAGAAUGGAUUCAACAUUUUCGACGGAUUCAUCGUAACGUUGAGUUUGGUUGAAUUGAUCCAAGGAGGUGCUUCUGGUCUCUCAGUUCUACGAACUUUCAGACUUUUAAGAAUACUGAAGCUGGUUCGAUUCCUACCUGCGCUCAGAUAUCAACUCGUUGUUAUGCUAAGAACAAUGGAUAACGUCGCCAUGUUCUUCCUCUUAUUGGUCCUCUUCAUAUUUAUUUUUAGCGUUCUAGGAAUGAAUUUGUUUGGUUGCAAAUUCUGCGACACCAGGGACCAGGCGAAAAUUCACAAGGGAUGUAAGAGAAAGAACUUCGACUCAUUUCUAUGGGCCAUUAUAACGGUUUUUCAAAUUCUAACGCAAGAAGACUGGCACGAGGUUUUAUACACUGGCAUGUCCAAAACUUCACCCUGGGCUUCACUCUACUUCAUUGCCCUCAUGACCUUUGGCAACUACGUUCUCUUUAACCUUCUGGUGGCCAUCCUCGUUGAAGGGUUCUCGGCCGAGGCUGAGGUUGGGCUGCUUUUUGAUUGGUUGAUUGAUUAA